GCACUUCAUAACGCCCCAUUUCUGCAGUUAAGUUCCAGUACCGAAAGAGCUUUGAUGCUGGCUCGCCAAGAGUCAUUUGGUCCAUCUGGAGGGACGCGACCUGGCAUACAGCAGAUGGUUGUUAUGGUUACUGAAGGGCGUACUGCAGACGAAAGCAAGGCAACUGAAGAAGCAAAUCUGUUAAAGAGUUUGGGAGCUGAGAUCGUAGUUGUAGGAGUUGCUCGUGUCAAUCGGAGCGCGUUGACAGAUAUUGCAUCGGAUCCAACAGAUGUUUUUAUAUCAGAUACUUACGAGGAACUUCAAGAGCUCCCCAAAGAAAUUGCACUGAAGACUGCUGAGAAAGCUCCUCAGUUCAAGACAACAGCAGACAUACUGUUUAUUCUGGACUCGUCUGGCAGUAUCAGCCCUGAAGACUAUCAGAAGCAACUUGACUUUGUGGUGCAUGUGACUGCCAAUUUCAACAUUGGACCAAAUGACGUUCUCUUCAGUGUGAUGGUGUUUGCCUGUUCUCCUGUGAUGUUGUUCAACUUUUCUGUGACUAGUCAUGAUGAAGUGAAGCGG